CACUCAAGUGGAAGCCUAAAACAAUAUUUACAACAACACAGACAAGCGAAAAUGUACAACAAAAUCGUUCUGUCUUUAUCAAUAAUCAUGUGCAUUGUUGCAUAUUAUUUCAGCCCCAAAUUUGCAACAGUGCUGUUAAAUAAAAUAUCCGGCUCAUUAUUAGGCCAAAGCGCUCCAGAAGAAAAGGUUAGGAUUUUUAGUAAAGAAGAACUAGCCACUUUCAAAGGAGAGAAUAGCAAUGAAGUUUACCUAGCGCUUGUUGGUCAUGUUUUUGAUGUUUCAAAAGGAAAAAAACAUUAUGGACCUGGAGGUGGUUAUUCUUUUUUUGCUGGUGUGGAUGGAUCAAAAGCUUUUGUUACUGGAAAAUUUGUUGAAGAGGAUUUAACUGAUGAUAUAUCAGAGUUAACAACAUCAGAAAUUCUGUCUUUGGAAAAUUGGAAAGCUUUUUAUGAAAAAGAUUACAAAUGCAUUGGUAAAGUAGAAGGAGCUUUCUUUGACAAAAAUGGCCAAGAGCUCCCAAUGAUGGAAUUGUAUCGUAAAAAGCUUCGAACAGCACUGCUAGAAAAAGAUGUUAUUGAAAAUGACAAAAAGCUGUUUCCACCAUGCAAUUCAGAAUGGAGUCAAAGGAAUGGUGGUAGAGUUUGGUGUUCAACAAGAAGUGGUGGAGUGGCCAGAGACUGGUCAGGUGUGCCCAGGUUGUACUACUCAGCUGGAAGUACUCAGCCUAGAUGCGCUUGUGUCCGCACGACUGGGCCACCUUCCCAUGAUCUGCAAAGCGAAACACACAAGGGUCGAGGAGAUCUUGACAACCCAAAUUUGAAUGUGUAUCCAAACUGCGAUGCUAUGUCUGAAUCAUGUCCAUUACCAGAAACAGCAUAAAUCAUUCUUAGCUUUUAAAAUGUUUUUGAUAAGUUUUACUAUUUUCAUUUUUUUUUACUUCUGAAUCAUAGUGGUUUAGGCUAGUUAUUAUUUAUAUAAAUAGUUUUUAAUAUCACUGUAUCAUACACAUCUUUAAUGGCCUUGAUUAAUUGAAUAAUGCCAUCCACGUAAAACAUAUAUGGGAUGUCUGAAUGAACUUCCAAAAUAGGCCAGUUAAUUGUCAACUAGACCUACUUAAAUGUGAUUAAUAAAAUGUGCCAGUAUCUAUGCACGGCUCACAUAAAUUUAAUAAACUGCCAAGCUCACUCUGUAUUAGUUUUUUAUAGUUUGAUUGUAUACUUUUUUACAUUGACAUUUUUAUUUUAAAGUAUUGUUAAGUGAUAAAAGUAUGUUUAAGUGAUUGUAUCACUAUACAUUUUGAACUAAUGUCUGUCAGCAAUGCCUAUUUCAUUGUUAUUUUUGUGAAAAUACAUGUGUUCUUAUUAUUGCAAUUUGCAAUAACUUCGAUAAAACAAAUUGUUACAUUUAAAAUUUACAAAAAGGCCUAAUUGUCACAGAAUUUUAAUUUGCGUAAUAAUAAACAAAAACAUUUUUAAAAAAUAAGGCACCACUUAAAGUUAAUAUCAUUCUAUUGGAUCAUAUUGGGCUUUUUAAUGUCCUAAUUAAGGCAAGCAUACUGUAUGUAAUUGGCAAAUGAUUAAAUCUUAACCACAUAUUGGUAAAGUCUAAUCAAUCCUUCCUUAAUGUGUCCUUUUGAAAGUCAGCAUUUAUUAUACAUUCUGUUAAUAAACAGCAGACUUAUGAUUUAAAAACCUAUCAAUAAAUUUAUUUGUAUUAAGUUUUAAACAUCCCAUGUCAAUACUACUGUAAAGUAGAGCUGCAUGUUUAAUAUAAGAUGCUCAAUACACAUUUUUUAACUCCAUUAACUGUAUUAGUAUAGAAACACAUUUCACUUUUUUUUUUUUUUUAAAUCAAAUGGUUAUAGGGUAUAUGUUUUUAAAUUUUAUUUGUAAUGCCAAUAAUUUAUGGACUUGUUUUUACAUUAUAUAUAUAGUGUGUUCAAUCUAGUUCAGUUGAGAAUUGAAUGUUAAUAUUUAAAUAUGCUGCUGGUCUAUGUUUAAUAAAAAAAAAUAAUUGUUGAUUUAUAUUUGUAUACAUAAUUAUACCCUCCAGUUUUAAACUUAGCAUAACUUAGUGAUUACAUUUGAAAAUUCACGUCUGUGUGUUCAUAUGAAAUUUGUAUCACUUGCAUACAAAUUAGCCCUAUUUUUGUGCAGUAUAAAUAUCUUUACACUAGGCGUAUAAUUGUUUUUUAUGUGCAGAAAGAAGAUACCCAUUUUGGUAUCAUUAAAAUUUGUGCCUGUCAGUGGAAAACUGUUGAACAAAAAAAGAUAUGAAUGAACGUGCCUAGCCAUGAUUUCAUGCUGAUGCUUAGACUUAGACCCUGUCUAUAAAAUGUAUUAUAUACACAUUAUUGUAGCUAGUGUUAUACAAAAAAACCUCAGAGGCACAUCUAUUUGUAAUUAAUAAAAAUAAUUAAGUGAAUAACUUCAAUAAGAAUGAGAUUUUUAUUUUAUAAAUAAUGUUUAGGGGUUUUGAUUUCCUUGCCUACUUUUCAAAAUAGUUCGCUGAAUGAAUCCUUCUUCGGAAGUGUUAUGGUUAUGGGUUAUAGGUAUACUAUUUUUUAGAAAAAUUUGGAUACAAAUAUAUACAUUAUAAUAUAGUAAUAUGGGAUGUGUUCGUUGGAAAAGAAACAGAUUGUUUUUUGAAUGAGGUAAAGUUAGAAAAGUUUAGAAGUAGCUGUUGUAGACAUAACAGAGUGGGACCUGUUUAAGUAAAGGACUGACAUAUUUUAAUAGAAACUGCCUAAGUAAUGGUACUAAAUAACUGAAUUUGCUUCCUAAGAAAAUUUAUAGAAUGCUUGGGUAGAUCUUGUCAUUGAUGUAUAUUUUAUGUUUUUUUUUACUUCCAUUUAUCAUAAUUCUGAUUUCAGGUUUUAUUUAAUUUAUGUGUACUAAAUAUACUGAAACAUAUUUGAUACAUGUGAUUUAAUUUAUAAAUGGUUGGCAAUAAUAUGUGAUUCACAUGCAUUUAAUUUAAAAAUCAAAUUUUAUUUUGCUUUCACCAUAACAGUAUGAUCAAAUACAUGU